CUGUCAUUGACAAACAUGGCGGCCUCCACGAGAGCUGCAGAACCUUAUGCCUCUGAUUCUAAAAGUUCUCCUCCAGCUGGUCCGAGCAUGGAAAGCCCAGUGAUUCAGUACAGUAUGGUCCUGGAUUAUCUUAUUGGGGACAAGAGGACCUUGAAGGACUUGAACCCCGGUGUCAUGGGGGGACUCCCAGUGCCUCCUAAAAGCGAGGAGCAGAAGAGAAUAGAGAGGGCAAUGGAGAGCUGCGCUUUCAAGUCCAUUUUGGCCUGCGUUGGAGGGUUUGUCCUCGGGGGAGCAUUUGGUGUUUUCACUGCAGGCAUAGACACCAAUGUUGGUUUUGAUCCCAAGGACCCGCUGAGGACCCCCACAGCACGAGAAGUCCUCAAAGACAUGGGCCAGAGGGGCAUGUCCUACGCGAAGAACUUUGCCAUCGUGGGUGCCAUGUUCUCCUGUACAGAGUGCAUCAUAGAAUCGCACAGAGGCAAAUCUGACUGGAAGAAUGCUGUGUAUAGUGGCUGUAUAACUGGAGGAGCAAUCGGGUUUCGUGCUGGUCUGAAGGCCGGUGUCCUAGGAUGUGGAGGCUUUGCUGCUUUUUCUGCAGCCAUUGAGUAUUAUCUGCGGUGAUGCUCGAAAGUGACUCUGUGGACAAAGAAUUAGUUCCUCCAGACGAGCCUGUGCAGACCAACUGUAAGGGAUCACGACAUAAUUGGACUGCAAAUGGGGACGCGGUGCAGCAGCCAACUAGAAUUCAUGAUUGGUUGGAUUCCUGUGAUUGCUGUAAGUGGACAGAAAAACAUACUAAUGCCUUGUUUUCUGAUUGUUGGCAGAUCAGUGUGUUGACUUCUGUCAAUAUGUUAAGAAUCAUGAGUUGGGGAGAAACACUGGCCACCUUCACGUCAUUCUUCUUUUCAGUGAGCAAUGUUAAUAAGAGUAUGUAUAUGAAGACAUUUUGGUCAUUUGAGAAGGUUUAUUUUCCAAUUUACCGGAAUCUGUGACCACAAAACAGCUCAUUGAGGUAAAGAUGUUUUCUUUUCAUA